ACUUCUCAUUGUAAUAUUGAAUUUGUUAGGUUAUCUAGUGUUAGGUUUUCAUGUUUUCCAUUGCCUCUAAAACUAUUCAAAAAUUACUGUCAACUGCACAUGUUCGUCCGCCGAAGUGUUUCCUGUCUACAUCUAUUAGUUUGUGCAAAAAGAAUAAUAUCCACAACUUUAAUGGAAAUACGUUAAUAUCUAGAGCUACUGGUCGCAAUGAAGACCUAUGGAGUUUAUAUAACGAAGUAGUUUAUCCACCGUUGCCCAAAGCUUCUGCGACUUCAAGUGACGUGUCAGAGCAUAUUAUUCGUCCUGGUGAAGUUACGCACCGCCGUGAUGAUAUUUUAUACAGUCAAAAGAGACUUUGGUUGCUGGCUCAAUUGAUUCGUGGACGAUCGGUAGAUGAUGCUUUCGCUCAGUUGGGAUUUCGCCCAGAAAAAGGUGCUAGGAUUCUUGAAGAGGUGUUAGAGGAGGCAAUAGAACUAGCAGUGAAAGAACAUGACUUUGAGUUCUGUACAAAAAUUUGGAUAGAGUCACUUUAUCCUCUACGUGGUCGAAUGGUUCCCCGUUUAUACAAGGGUAUUAGGUCUACAGCGCAUAAAAUUAAUUUUCACUACACAAAUUUAUACAUCCGUUUAAGAGAAGGUGAUCCUCCAAAGCUGUAUCAUCCAAAUCAAGUGAAAGGAGUAUGGACUCCAGCUGCAAAUUGUCCACCGGAAGGCAGAAAAUGGGGUUCAACACGAGAAAUGGUACAUCGUGAGCUACAUAGGCUACGAAGUCGAGAGUUGAAAGGAAAUCUAUGAAUAAACUUAUAUGUUUUGUUAUAACAAGAAAAACCGAUGUGAGAGCAUUUCUGUUUACUAAUUUAACUAAGUCAAUUUAACCAUUCUAAAACUUUAACCUUAUUUGUACAUUACUAUUACUGAAAACUAGGUACAACUUUAUCAUAUGAAAAACUGUUUGUAUUGUGAAAUAAACCUUGUAAAUAAAGUUGUUUUUCUAGAGUAAUUGUACUUCAUUUUUUGACACUUUAUUGCACAUACAGUUAGCUUAUUUUGGCCAUAUUGUUGUUAAGAUGUUUGGUGGUUUCAAAGUUCAUUUUAUUUAAACUGUAAUAAUGUUAUCAACAUUGCAGAGUAGAUAUGACUGACAGCAUGU